GGUUGAAUUUCCAUCAGCAGGAUUGUGAUACUGCAAUGUAGUACUGUAUGUCUGAAGAAAUCGUAAGAGAUAACAUGAAGCUCUUGAAAUCGUGAAAUUAUGUGUUGAUGGCGCUUCUGAACAAGUUCUUUGCAAAAUGUCGCUCAUCGGAAAGGAGCGCCAAAGUUACCGAGGUUCCCUUGAAGUUAUCACCGGAAUUCACGCGGGAUCAAUUGCGCGUUGUGAUAAUGCGGGACUCGAGCACGAGAGGAUUCCGUCUUCUGUUCGACUCGGCGUCGGUGGAACAAGUGCCGUUGCCUGCGAGACCGAGUUGUCAGAAACAGACCCCUGGCGCUUGUUCCUUGUCGUGGACCCAUUCUAGAUCUGCUUCAAGACCUGAGAAACAAUGUAACGAAUUUGCCGAGAAAACUGAUGGGUAUGGUUACCGGUAUUUGGCGCUCAAAUCAGAUGUGGCCAAGCUGAUGGAAAUGGCGUUUGGAUCAGGUGCAAUGCGAUGUCAGGGCUGUACGAGCAAGAUUCACUACCUGACUUCCAGUAAAGUGCAAAAAAGAGGAAUAUUCAUUUCCCUCGUUUUUCCAGCUCCACCCAGACGAAGAAGGGAUUGGCAGCAUUCAUCUCACAGUGACGCGAGUUUGGACAGUUCACUGAGUUCAGCUGGUGAUUUCGGAAAUGAAACUGCUUCGAACACCAGUGAUCCGGCCUUCCCGAGUCAAUCGUCUCAAAUUUUGUCCCACGCCGACCCCUGGUGUCAUUUGCAGUCAGAUUCCACAGCAGCCAGAAACCGAGAGAGCAGAGCAUCAAUGGGCCCACCUUCUCACGCAUCCAGUGCGUCAUUGGAGAGUGAAAGCAAUUCGGUGGAAGGAGGAAACGAUGCGAACAAAACGAGAUGUUACCGAUGGAUGCACAGGAAGUCAACUGCCGAAAGUCUGGAUGCUGCUGAUUAUGAGCGUGGUCGAAGAAUGUGCAGGAGUGGGACGAAAUUGGCACUCGGUCUGGUCGUAGACUUGGGUUCGGAUUUUCCUUCAAGAGAGAGACUGGAAUGGUUUCUGCUCGUUCACAUGAGAAGUAUUGAUACGUUGUUGUGGAAGCUGAAAGCUGUUCUGGAAAACGUUUAUGCGUGUGCACCUUUUGUGCACACGAUUUUCUUGGCUGUGGAAGAUAUUUUGCAGUCGGUUGUUGAUCUCUAUGUGGUCCCGCGUUUGUUGCGGCCGCUGUGGACUGUGAUCUCAGUGGGCAAUGAAGAAGUUUGGCAUUCAGUCGCUGCCGAAUUCAUUCCAGAACUUGUGGCUGUUGUUGACCUGUAUGACUCCAAGGACACGCAUUUGUAAGUUUUGCAAAAUCAGUU